AGAGAAGUGAAAAUUCUCGUGUCGUUAUUAGGGACAAUGACUCUACUCAUUUUGACUAAUAUUACGAUAUGGGAUUCUGACAUUGAUAUUCUUAAAAAUAGUGAUAUCAUUAUGGAGCACAUUCAGAAAAAUGUCAUAUCAAAUUCUUCAGUCCACACAAUUUUCUUGUGUUAUUCAAGUUCUAAUGUUACAAAAAUAUACUGUUUUUUUAAUGUAUUUCUUCAAUAGAGGUUUCUCCAUGAUAAAUACAAACAGAUUGUCAACAUUGAGUAAUGUAAUUUUGACAGUAAAAGAUCAAGCAAAAGGAUGAAAGAAAAUAACCAAUAAAACACGUAUUUCUCUGUAGAAUCAUGCAAUCGAUCAAUUAUAUGGAUCUUUUAUGUGGUUGAUGUCAAAACUUGCCAGAUGUUCGAUCGAAAGUCGUUCGUGUCUUUCUCAGUUCAACAUUUUCAAGUUGAAUAACUAAAUAGCAACUUACUGACAUUGAAUAAUUUUUUGGCUUAAAAUAAUAUUUAGAUACACUAAAUGAACGUGAUUCAUUAAUUGAAACUGUUUUUCCUAAAUUCAAAGAUUAUUGUCGUGAAAAAUACGGUCUUGAAUUUCAGAUUUACAACGAAAGAUAUUCAUUGAUUCAUUCAAUCAUUAUUCUCUCAUUUGGAGUAGGCUGAUAUGCGUUGGAGAAUUUAAUUACAAUUAAAUAAUAGUCAUACUGAAGUUGAAGCAUAUCUAAAUGAAAUUGAAAUAUGCAAAAAAUAUUCACUAGCUACAAAUUUUCUGAUCAGUUAUCAUUAAUUAUUUAUUCAAAUUAUUGAUUCAACAAUUUCCUACAUAGGUUCUCUUGAGUCAUCGCUAUGGAUCUCGACCAACACCAUCAACAAUUCGUAGAUUUCUAUUUGAAUUAUUGCUCGAAAUUAUUCGUUCAAAUUCGAAUGAUGAUGAUGCUAAACUACUUUCACAAUGGUAUCAACUUGAUACAAAUCAAAUACCGGCUGCUUAUGUACUUCGUUCGAUUUCAUCAUCAUUUUCAAAUAUAUUAUCUCCCGUAGUAUUCAUAGAAUUUGAUUGAAAAUGAAAUUGAUGUCUAACUUUCAUCUUAGAACACAAAUGAAAUGAAAUAAAGUUCAUUGGACACCGAUGGAUAUCAAUCGAAAAGAUCAUGCCGAAUAUAUAACUCGAUUCAAUGAUGAUUUUUAUAAAUGCAAUCAAACAACAAAUUGAUCAAUGUAUUCAAUCACAUAUUUUAAUCGAUUCUGAUCCAUUACAACAUGAAUAUAUUGGAACAUGCAAUCUAAUGUAAAACAUUACAUUUAAUAUUUAAUAGAAUAGUGGAGAAAAAUAUUUUUAUGUUG